AGACCCGUUGCUUGCUCUGCUGAUGCGGAAGGCCCCUGCCUGCCUCCUCUGUGUGCUUGGUGGCCAAUUGGGAGCAGCGGAAGCUCCGUGGAGGAGUUCUGGAAUGUUGUGCAUCAGAGGGGAAGGUGGUUGGAGCAGUUGCUGAAGGGCAGAGCAACACCUGGAGGAGGAGGAGGAGGAGGAGGCUGUACCGUUUCCCAGCCCAAGAUGACCUCCAAAACCACCUUUGCCCUUAAAUCCCAAGCCGUCUCCCGGACCAAUGUGGGCGCCAUGUCUCGCGGAGCCUCCACCACAAGGUUGGGCCCCAAGUCCCGUGGAGCCUCCACCACAAGGAUGGCCCCCCUGUCCCGUGGAGUCUCCACCACAAAUAUGGGCCUUAAGUCUGCCAUGGCCUCCCGGACAAAGCUCGGAGCCAGGAAGAGACCUGCCAAAAAGCCGGGAAUCCUCAAUGCUCUUCGGUAUCAAAUGAAAGAGUUAUUUACGCCGGGUUUUAUCCUGUAUUUGUCAGCCGUGGUCUGCGCCAUCCUCGUUUUCAUCAUCCUUUGGAUAGGUUUGUUGUAUCACCAGAAGCUAAAGAGAGCCAACGUACAAGUCGCAGCUAUUAAUAGGAUGCUGGAUUAUGCUGGCAUGCUGCAACCAUCCCUCAAAGAAAAGAAUGAUACUGAAAAGAUGUUGCACCUGCAGAAGCUCGCAGACAUUCUGGCCGUGUGGACCUUAAAAACCAUGGAGCUGGAGAAUGCGAUUGUGGACAUUACCAGGAAGCUGCAGCUCCGAUGGGAGCAGUACAACGAGGCCAUCUACCUCUUCGAGGAGCGCGCCAUGACGUGGUACGCAGCAAAGGAAGCCUGCGAGAGCUAUCAGGCCGCGCUGGUCUCCGUCGAAGACGAGGAGGAGGAGGAAUUCCUAGAAAGCAAAGCCCAAAACGCCCACCAGGACUACUGGAUCGGACUCUACUGGCUCGAUACCUGGAAAUGGGCCGACGGCAGCAAUGCCGAGAAAAACCAUUGGGCUACCAACAAGCCCAAAGACUCCAUGAAAAAUCCCUGUGCCGUUCUCCCGACAAAAUGCAGAACCUCCCAAAAGUGUUGGAUCAAUAUCCGUUGCGGAGAGAACCGGAGGCUUAUUUGCAAGAAGAAGCCCGACAAGAGGUGGUUCUCCUGAAGCCCUAGGAUCUAAAGGGGUCCUGGGACUGGAUGGUCUCUGAAGGCGGCCCAGACAAUGGACAACGGCUCUGGCCCUUCUUUGAGCAGGAGGCAACGCUCAGUUGAUGGGACGAGGCCCGCUUCGGGAAGAGCCCCCCACCCCUCCCUUCUGAGGCCGAGAGAAAGAUGUCCUAUUUUGCAACCUCACAGAUUUAGACACCCAUACAAAUAAAAGGUGGAAGAAAGAGAUAAUAACAAUGCACUUUAUUUAUAUUCCACUUUACCUCCCCGGAGGGACUCAGGAUACACAUCUAUAAGGCUAACAU